AACAAGCUGAAAUGCAAUUCUUUUGCAUACAAAGUUUUUGAGCAAAACAAAUAAAAACGGCUUUUUUUUGGGGAUUUUGCGCUCUUUGGCAGGGUGAAAAUAGAAAAUAAAUAAAAAAGAAAAUUGAAAGAAAAAUUUUGUAUAAUUAUUUGACAAGUAGUGAGAGCUUACGAUGCGGACAAACGCAUUUUAAUAGUGGAGCCAUAAGGAACAUAAACGCGGAUAAAAUAAAAGAAAAAAAAAUAAUAAAUUGAAACAUUUCUAAAGUGCCAUUAAGAACUUGGGUGUAUCAGUGUGUUUCCAAUAACUUGACUAUUCAAUGAGGCAAGCAACGUGCUGCUAGCUUUGUUUUCUAGACUCCACUUGCCAUGAUGUCAAGCUGUAAAUUAAAUGGAGUAUUUGCUAACGUAUGAUUCAACAAAAAAAACCUUUGUAAAUAAAAUAAAACUAUAAAAAACCUGUUGUUAAUAAAUUCUGCAGGAAAAAUACUCUAAGCAACAACAAAAAUAAGUUUACUUCAACAAAAAAACACUGCAUUACAUGAAAAAGAACAAUCAUGCUUUUGUGAAUGAAAAAAGAAAAAAAUCGAUUGUGUGCCCAUUUUUUUUUGUUGGUGAAAAGUAAAAAUCAACAACAAUAAAAAGUAAUAAUAACAAUAAAAGGAAAAAGUGAAAAUCCUAAAAUAACAAAAAAGAAAAUUCAAAUAAUUUAAAUUGUAUUGCUAAAAAGAAAAUACGCAACAAAAAACCCUUUUGCUCUCCCCCUUUUUGUCUAUCAAUGACUCAUUAAAUAAAACCGAACAACAACAACAACUACUAAACAGUUGCAAUUGAAUUGUCAAGGAAAAAAAAACAAAAUAAAUAACAACCGUUAUAUAUUAAUUUGUCGUGUUUUUUCUUGCUCUCACCCCCGUUAAUUUUUUUUUAAAACGCGUGUGUUGUCAUUAAUUUCAAGUGUUUUUUUCAAUAGUUUUUAUUUAUUUAAUAUUUGUGUGCAUGUUUAAUAAUUAAUUAAUUAAAAGACGUUAGUGUUUUUUGCCCGCAACUCUUCCGCGGUCUAAAACCAUGAAAAAUCACAAGAAAUAUGCAAAACUACCCCAAGAUUUAGAUUUAAGUUUUCAAGAACAAUUAGAUUCGGUGGUGGACACUGCUGUGGCUGAUGAUUAUAAUUUAAGUGCUGGUUCCGGUUUAGACGAGGACGACGAUAAUAUUUUAGACGAUCAGGAAGACGACGAGGACGAAGACGAGGAAGAAGACGAAAUUGUUAUAGCCACAGCAGCGGCAGCUGCAGCUGGUCUUACCGGUGCCGGUGGUGGUGUACGAUUGACAAGUGCUACGGCAGCGGCCAGGAACAACAGUUGAAUCGUAAGGUGUUGGCCGGUUUGGGAAGAGAUAGUGUUAUAGAGGUAAGUGCAAAUUUUUUGAUGUUUAAGUUUUUAAGGAAAACCUACAAAA